UCGUUCUUCCGCAGAAUGCUCGAAUCUAAGGCCGUUGAUGUCUCGGUCUAUGCCACCGCCAUUGUUGUGGAUGGGCUCUGCAAAAAUGGGGACGUUGACGUUGCACGCCGGCUGCUCGAUGAAUUGUGCGAGAGAGGGUGGGCGGCGAAUAUCGCCUCAUAUAAUUCCCUUGUCAAGGCAUAUUUGGAGAAAGGGGACACGAGUUCGGUGGAUUUGAUAUUGAGUGAGAUUGAUGAGAAGGGUAUCGGUCAAAGCAUCAGGACGUAUACACUCAUAGUGGAUGCAUGCUCGAAGUCCGGAGACAUUGAUCGAGCAGAGAAAGCAUUUCAUAUGGCAAGAGAUAAGGGACUAGCCGCCGAUGUCUGGUUAUACACAACAAUGAUCAAAAUGUACUGCAGGGCAAAUAAGAUGAAGCAAGCAUUUGCCCUAUUUGAUGAGUGCGUCAACAAGGGACUUCAACCUAAUGAGCGAACAUACGGCAUUUUAAUUGAUGGACUCGCUAAGCAUGGUCAAAUGUACGCCGCCGAGAUGUUGAUUGACGAAUUGCAGAAGAAAGGACUCAAAUUGAACCUCAUAAUUUUCAACAGUUUGAUCCACGGAUACUGCAAGAAAGGAAACCUCGACAAAGUACUAAAACUGCAGGAGACCAUGGAAAAGAAUGGGUUAAAACUUGACGCUUUCACUUGCAACACGAUAGCUCACGGAUUGUUCAACGUAGAUCGAUGUAAUGAAGCAAAAAUUGUCUUGAACAAAAUGGUCGAGCAAGGAAUAGCCCCAAAUAUGGUAACAUACACUACACUUAUCCACAUUUAUUGUAAAGAAGGCGACAUGGUUGAAGCGAGGAGAAUAUUUCGUGACAUGGAGAGCAAGGGGGUGAGCCCAGGGCCCGCCACAUAUAAUGUUAUGAUCGAUGGGUACUGUAAGAAAGGUAAAAUUCGUGAGGCCGAGAGGUUUAGGAAGGAGAUGGAGAAGAAGGGGAUGGAGCCUGAUCUGUACACGUACACGUCACUGGUGCACGGGCAUUGCUGCCACGGUAAGGUGGACGUGGCUGUGAAGUUGUUUGAGGAGAUGAAGGGGAAGAGGGUGGGCCCCAGCGUGGUGACUUACACUGCGAUUAUAUCAGGAUUGUCGAAGGAGGGGAGGUCGGAGGAGGCGUUUAGGUUGUAUGAGGAGAUGGUUGAUUCAGGGUUGAGUCCUGAUGACACCGUGUAUUCUUCUCUUGUUGGGAGUUUGCAUACGAUUAAGGAAGAAACAAGGGAGUGAUGCGGAAGCAAAAGGAGACCAAUUUUACAAUUUCAGACUCUCUAAACAUGGCCUAGAUUGUUUUAGUCAAUAUCUUUUUCUUGUAGACUCCAAUUGACUCUCCAUUUGAAGUAUUGGAAAGAUGAAUGAAUCUAUUUUCUGUUGGGGAUUCGAAACAAUCAAUCGAA